AUGUCGUUAAAAGGGGACCAAGUAGCUUUGAGCUUCCAUGAAUCCUGUCUGCGAUUAUCCGACGUGGAUUUGCUGAAAGGUCCCUAUUGGUUGAAUGACCAGAUUAUUUCGUUCUACUUCGAGUACCUGGAGAAGCUAAUCUACAAAGAUGAAGAGGACGUGUUGUUUGUCAGUCCGGAAGUAACGCAGUGCAUCCGAAUGGUAUCCGAAGCGGAAAUCGGGAUUUUCCUAGAACCGCUGAAAGCGAAACAACGAUCGUUCAUUUUCUUUGCCUUGAAUGAUAACCAAAUUGCAGAUCGAGCGGGAGGUUCCCACUGGAGUUUGCUAGUUUUUUCGCGUCCGGAGAAGUGCUUCUAUCAUUUUGAUUCAUCACACAGUAGUAAUACUGAUAUCUGCCGUCAAUUUGUUGCCGUACUGAAACGAGCACUCAACUGUUCGGAAGCCCAACUACGCAAGGGCGAUUGCCUACAGCAAAGCAACGGAUACGAUUGCGGUGUGCAUGUGCUGUGUACGGUGGACAAAGUUACCCAGCAGAUCCGGAAAACCGGAAAGAUCGAAGGAGUGAAGAGUGCCCGGUAUGAUGUCAUCUGCGGCAAACGAGAGGAAAUACUGCACAUUAUAAUUGAUCUCGGUGGAAGGAUUAACUAG